UCAGCUGAUUUGGGACGCCAUUUUGUCAGCCAUUUCCUCCAUUGAGCGUCUGCCAGCUUCCCCGCACGCAGCACAGGACGCCCCGUCUGCGGCCUCAGCUUCAGCAUCCCCGGGCUCCCGAGUACAUGAGAGACGGUCUCGCGGGUCGGUCGACGUCCCAGCUUGGAGCCUCAGAGAGGCGCUUUUCUGCCGCCAACAGGAGAGAAGAGCAGCCAUGGCAUUGAAGAUCGUCAAAGGGAGCAUCGAUCGGAUGUUCGACAAAAACCUUCAGGAUUUAGUACGUGGCAUCAGGAACCACAAGGAAGAUGAGGCAAAGUACAUCUCCACUUGCAUUGAUGAGAUCAAGCAGGAGCUGAAGCAGGACAACAUCGCUGUCAAAGCCAAUGCUGUGUGCAAGCUCACCUACCUUCAGAUGCUGGGCUACGAUGUCAGCUGGGCCGCGUUCAACAUAGUUGAAGUCAUGAGCUCCUCCAAGUUCACCUACAAGAGGAUUGGCUACUUGGCGGCCUCGCAGUGCUUCCACGAAAGCACUGAUGUCAUCAUGCUGACAACUAAUCAAAUCCGAAAGGACCUCAGCAGUCCCAACCAGUACGACACGGGCGUGGCCCUGACUGGCCUCUCUUGCUUCGUCACCCCCGACCUGGCUCGGGACCUGGCCAAUGACAUCAUGACGCUGAUGUCUCACACUAAACCCUACAUCAGAAAGAAAGCGGUGCUCAUCAUGUACAAGGUCUUUCUGAAGUACCCCGAGUCCCUCCGCCCUGCUUUCCCGAGGCUAAAGGAGAAACUUGAGGACCCGGAUCCAGGCGUGCAGUCAGCUGCAGUCAAUGUCAUCUGUGAGCUGGCCCGCAGGAAUCCCAAAAACUACCUGUCCCUGGCACCGCUCUUCUUCAAGCUCAUGACCUCCUCUACCAACAACUGGGUUCUCAUUAAGAUCAUUAAAUUGUUUGGUGCCCUAACGCCACUGGAGCCACGUUUGGGGAAGAAGCUGAUUGAGCCUCUUACAAACCUCAUUCACAGUACCUCGGCCAUGUCUUUGCUGUACGAGUGUGUGAACACGGUCAUUGCAGUGUUGAUUUCCUUGUCUUCUGGGAUGCCCAACCACAGUGCUAGCAUCCAGCUCUGUGUCCAGAAACUGCGAAUCCUGAUCGAAGACUCUGACCAGAACUGUGAGCCCUCUGUCAAUGCCUGCAUGAAGUACCUGGGCCUUCUGGCUAUGUCCAAAAUCCUGAAGACCCACCCCAAGUCAGUGCAGAGUCACAAGGACCUCAUCCUGCAGUGUCUGGAUGACAAGGAUGAGUCCAUCCGCCUGAGAGCUUUGGACCUACUCUAUGGCAUGGUAUCCAAGAAGAACUUGAUGGAGAUUGUGAAGAAGCUGAUGCUCCACGUGGACAAGGCGGAGGGAACUACGUACAGGGAUGAACUGCUCACCAAGAUCAUUGACAUCUGUAGCCAGAGCAACUACCAGUACAUCACUAACUUCGAGUGGUACAUCAGCAUCCUGGUGGAGCUGACGCGAUUAGAGGGCACGAGGCACGGCCACCUCAUCGCCUCUCAGAUGCUGGAUGUCGCUAUUCGGGUGAAAGCCAUCCGAGUGUUCGCUGUGGCCCAGAUGGCCACCCUGCUGGACAACGCCCACUUGUUGACCGGCAGCAUGCAGAGGAACGGCAUCUGUGAGGUUCUGUACGCGGCAGCCUGGAUCUGCGGCGAGUUCUCAGAACACUUGGAGAACCCAUUGCAGACACUGGAGGCCAUGCUGCGGCCGAAGGCGGCCACCCUGCCGGGCCACAUCCAGGCCGUGUACGUGCAGAAUGCUGCCAAGCUGUUUGCCACCGUGCUGAAGAGCCAAGAGGGCAACACCGACAGCACGACGGCUCAAGAAACCAGCCAGCUGAUGAUCGACCGACUGCCGCUUUUUGUCCAGAGCGCCAACCUGGAGGUGCAGGAGAGGGCGUCUUGCAUCCUGCAGCUGGUGAAAUACAUCCAGAAACUGCAGCACAAAGACGUAGAGGUAGCAGAGGAAGUGAUUGCGCUGUUUGCUGGAGAGCUCAACCCCGUGGCCCCCAAGGCGCAGAAGAAAGUGCCUGUCCCUGAAGGUCUGGACUUGGACACCUGGAUCAACGAGCCUCCCUCUGAGAGCGAGUCUGAGGACGAGCAGCCCAAGGCCAUAUUUGCCAAGGAGGAGCCCAAACAUUCUCGCCCCAGACACACGGAGGUGGACGAGAAGGAGCUGGCCAGGAGGAGAGAAGCCAGAAAACAAGAGCAAGCCAACAACCCCUUUUACAUCAAGGCCUCCCCAUCUUCUCAGAAGGUGUACCAGGACACACCUGGAGUGGAGCACAUCCCGGUUGUUCACAUCGAUCUGAGUGUGCCUCUCAAAGUACCAGGUCUGCCCAUGUCCGACCAGUACGUGAAGCUGGAGGAGGAGCGUCGGCAGAAGGAGAGAGCUGAGAAGAAAAAGAAGGAGAAGAAGAAGAGGAAAGAGAAGCGCAGCGAGCGAGGGAAGAAACACCACUAUGGCCCGGAGAGUGAGGAGGACAUCACGCCUGCACAUAUGGUCGACAUCGUUACGGAGGAGAUGCCAGAGAAUGCCUUACCCAGUGAUGAGGACGACAAAGACCCUAACGACCCCCACAAAGCCCUGGACAUCGACCUGGACAACUUGCUGGAAAUGGCUGGGCGCAGGCCUCUUGCAGACAGUGAGAAGCUGCCGGUGAGGUCCCACCGUGCCACGGAAUCUCUAAAAAGCCCAGACGGAGAUGCAGAAGGCACCUCACAGGAAGCCAAGAAGAAAAGCAGCAAGGAGAAGAAGGACAAAGACAGGGAGAAGAAGAAGAGCAAAGAAGAGAAGAAGAAGAAAAAACUCAAGCAUGACGACAAGGGGGUGGAUCUUCUUGGCAGUCAGUCAGACGACGCUGUGGUCCAAUCCGAAGGACCCUGUGAGGUGGGGGCUCCUCCCACUUCCACUGCCGCAGAGGUUUCCCAUCUGGACUUCUGGCUCUCAAAUGCUGCAGUGCCCUCUCGUGCCCAGGAAGCAGUAACAGUAGCAGAAGCAGCCCCCCUGCCCCAGGCAGCCUCUGGAACGCUGGCCAGCUCUGAUCCCGACGAGCCCAAAGACGUGGAGAUGGAAGAGUCUAACGCCUCCAAACACAAGAAGAAGAAGCAGAAGAAAGACAAGGAGGACAAGGAGAAGAAGAAGAAGAAGAAGAAGAAAAAGCAUCACCACCACAGCGAUGGCGGUGGAGAAGGCUCAGUGCAGAAUGGCACCGUGGAGGAAGAAGAACCGUUACCACCCAUGUCCAAUUACUGCCUUCUGGCUGAGAACUCCUACAUCAAGAUGGUGUGUGACAUCCAGGGAAACCUGCAAGAUGGGAGUCAGGUGGUGGUGUCGGUCAUCUUCCAGAACAAGUGCGAGAGCUUCCUCAAAUCGAUGGAGUUCAACGUCCUGGAUUCUCUCAACUCCAAGCUGCAGAGGCCAGAGGGGGCGGGUCCGCACGACAGCCUCACGGUCCCGUUCCAGCUUCCGCCCGGGGUGUCCAAUGAAGCUCGCUUUGUGUUCAGCGUGCAGAGCAUCGUCAUGCCACAGAAACUGAAGGGAACACUCACGUUCAUUGUCAAGAGUGAGGACUCAUCAACUCAUGAGAAACUGGACUUCAAACUGCACUUUACUUGCACCUCCUACCUAAUCACCACUCCAUGCUACAGUGAUGCGUUUGCAAAGCUGCUGGAAUCUGGGGACCUGAAGGGCAGCUCUGUCAGGCUGGAAGGCAUCAACAUGCCCUUCCACCAUCUUCUGGCCAGGAUCUGCUUCCAUCACCACUUCUCUGUUGUGGAGAGGAUGGACUUGUGCGCCUCCAUGUACAGCAGGUCUGUCCAGGGUCACCACGUUUGUCUGCUCGUCAAAACCUCCGGUCAGACGGUGUCGGUCGACGCCAAGUGUGACGAGGCCACGCUGCUGGGGAACGUGCUGGAUGAGAUCAAGCGAACCUUCUCUCAGUGCUGAUUGUGUCCAGGGUGCGAGCCCCCCCCCACCCCCCCACCCCACCCCAUCACAACAUUUCCAACGUGGUCGUGCUUAUUCUUCUUCAAAUUUCUCCCACCUCCUUGCGCUCUUCUGUCACUCCUUGGUGUUUGUUUCCCAGACUCCCUCUCCUCCUGCUGCUACUGCGCACUUUGAUUGGCUCAUGGUUUCCACUCUCUACUCAGCUCUGGGGUGUCUGUGACAGUCAUGUUGGCAACUGGACUUCUGCUGUUGAUGGCUGGAUGGCGUUAUUACUCUUUUUCAACACUUUUGGUUUGUAUUGUGACGUGUUUAGUUUUGUCUGCGCCGUGUGUGAUUGGGCCUUGGAAGCAUGUCUCUUUGGCAGACUGCAAGCAAAGGCCCUCCCCUUGCUAAGCGUAUAUACAACAUAUACAUAUAUACAUAUACAACAGAAGAAAACAUACUAAAUCACAGUGAAGUAGGGGUGCACCAGAAUGAUCAGGCCGAUAUCAGGGAACUAUGACAUGAUACCGAUGAAUCAGAUCACAUUAAAAGCGUUGGAAAUUGCAAAAGGUUUGCCAGAGACCUCCGUGGCAUCACACCAGCGUGUGCCCGAAUACAGUGCACCUUGCUGGGCCACACACACAAACGCCCUCCGUGUGUUUCUUUGGGGGUUUUUUGCACGUAGACGGCCGUAGGAGCUCGUACGACCGCUUGUGGCUUGAGGCUUAUCAGAAUGUUCUACUUCAGACAUCCAGACUCUUAACUCACAGACGGCCUGUUUAGUCGUAUACAGUAUGAAAGUAGUCAGUGUGCAACUUGAAUAGUAGCACUUGGUGUGCACCGCAAAUGAGUGUGUGCACACACUCAUCACACACUGCAUUGAUCCUCUUGGGCAUGGAGAGGUUGUCGCUGGAAUCCUCUUCCACUCCUCUGUGGCAACCUCUACCUUCCUUCCUUCCGCUUGAGGAUGCCCCACGGGUGCUGGGUUCUUCCCAACGUCCAAGUACAUGUUGGCAUUGAGGUUUCCCUCGGUGAACUGCGGUGCCGUCAGCACUCGUGCAGCCCCACAAUUUGUCGCUACCAGCACCAUGUUUGACACAGUCAUCUUUCUGCUCUCACUUGCAUGGCCACAUACUUCAGUAUACAAGCUGUACACUGACUAUUCUAAAGUACAAGCUAGUUACUAAAAAGUACAAGCUGGUACAAGCAGGUUAGGCUACGUUGGCUGAUAUUUUAGGUACACACGGUUGAUGGCAUUACAUAAGAGUAAGUAUCACAGAUCGCUUUGUUGCACCUUUUCCAUGUGCAUUAGGAUACCUUCUACCACAGUAUUAGGGCCACACUGAACAAAACAAUAAAUACACGUGUUCCAUGUAUGAGAAUAAAGUGUUGAUAUGAGGUGUGAUGGUGUCGUACAUAUGAGAGGGAAAAUACAGCAUAGCUCUUCAGGAAGGAAGGAAACGUUCUCCUCACUUCAGGCAAGCUUUUAUUUCCAAGGUAGCAGCGGAGUACAAACACAUUAGCAUAGCUUAGCAUCAUCUCACUUCCUCCUUCCUUACCCCGCCCCCUCCACACCAGUCCCCCCUUUUCAUAGCUGUCUCAGACGAGGCCUGGAACAUAAACGUACCACUUUUACAUUUCGGAGAAAAGAGCAUAUUCUCAUAAAUUCACCACUUUAUUCUGGAAAUGUCAGAUGUUAAUACUCCGUAACAGGCACUGCCUGGGACAGCUACAAGAACGGGGUCAAAGGUAAGAAUACGACUUUUUCCUCAUAAAUGUAUGACACUUGUCAAAAUGUCUAAUUGAAUACUCCAAGGUAAUAUUGGGACUUUUUUCUUGGAAAUGUACAACUUUUCUUCUUGAAAUGUCUUUUGGAAGUGGCCCUAAUACUCGGUGGUGACGCUCACACAGAGCUCAAUUCCCAUUUCUUUGGGAUUUUUUUUUGCUCACGUGAGCUGUGUGGGAUCGUUUCAUGUCCUCAUCGGUGUGGGGGUACAGCGUGAGUGUGGUACGUGUCCCACCUGUCCGUCAUCAAAAGGCGUGCACCGAUAAAGAGAUUAUUCUGUCAUCUGAAAAGGAUUUGCAAGUGUCAGUGAACGCCCCAGCCGGUGAGGGUGCGCUGAAGCGAGGGUGCAUCGUUAGAUGAGAGUUGCCAAAUGAGGAGCUGACGGUGCAGCCCUUAAGCAGGAAUGUCAAUCAUGUUUACCUGCUCCUCAUCUUUUUCUUUCCAUUUUGUGUAUUGCAUGAUUGGAAUGUACUUUUUUAUUCACCUCUUUGUCUUUCUUUUCCACACAAAAACUUGUCAUUCCAUUCUGUCCUUUUUUCUUUAUUUUCCUGACCUGCCAGUUUAUGAUGGCCUUGUGUUGUCAUCCAUUCUAAGACAAAACAAAUCAAUUGUUGGAAGAUGAGACACGGGGGGAGUCACAGCGAGGUCUUAAUUCGUCUUCUGGUUGAGUUGUAGUGUUGUUUUAAAUAAACGUUUGGCUUGCAACAUGGACGUAUACUCAUUUCCAAAGGUCUUGUGUCUAUAUUUGUUUCUUCGUAUUCUCCUGCUGUAAAAUGUCAUGUUUUAAAAGGGGGAAAAUAAAAGCUGUAAGAUGC